UCCCAGUAGAAUGUAAGCUUCCUGAGGACAAGAAACGCUUUUGUGUAUGGCCUGAUAAAUGGUUACUGAAUCGAGUGAUUUUGGUUUGGCCCCCAGACUCCGGUUCUGCAGGAAAGUGAAGGGAGAACUCUGAGAGAAGUCUUCCAGCCCGUGUCCUGACCCGGUCAGAGCCAGGAGAGAGCAGAUCUUGGAGCUGCCUGUGGGCCAGUGGUCCCUGAUUCUCCCGCCCCUGGGGAAAGUGAGAGCAUCAAGAAGAUGUCGGGGAGGAAGGCGCCCAAGGAGAAAGCUCCACCUUCUGGAGACCAGAACAUGAAGGAGGAUCAUAAGAGAAGAGGUCACAAGAGAAGAGCAGCUGCUGCAGUCCGCUUGGCCAGAAUUCAGGGAUUGGUGACCUUCGAAGAUGUGUCUGUGGACUUCUCCCGGUCUGAGUGGAAACAGCUGAAACCUGCUCAGAGGGACCUGUACAAGGAUGUGAUGCUGGAGAACUACAAGAACCUGGUCUCCCUGGGGCUUCAAUCUUUUAAACCAGAAGUGAUCUCCCGGCUGGAGCAAGGAGAAGUGCCAUGUAUUCCAGCAGGACAUAUCCCAAAAGAUUCCCUUCAUCACAAGACUAUCUGUGGGACCAAGAAGUCAACUGCAAAGCAGGAUCUCUGUGUAAGAGAAUCCUCUAAGAGAAAAUGCACAAAAGAUAAUUCACAGGAUUCAAAACUUAGAAAAGUUUCAGGAGGCAAUAGCAAGCCAGAGAUACAGAAGGAAAAACUGGAAAAACAAUCCAAGAAGGAAGCACUCAAUCACAGCAAAACUUCCAGUGAACCAAAGGCCCAUAACUGCAAUACAUUUGAGCGAAAAUGUAGCCCAGUGUCAUCACCUACUUCACAACAGUCAGUUCCAGUGGAAAGAACUGUCCAUAAAUGUGAUAUAUCUAGAGAGAACUUCUUCAGACAGCUUUCAGAACUAAUUAAACAUAGUAAAAUUUCCUUUGGGAAGAAUAUUUGUAAGUAUAAUAAUGAUAAGCAAACUUUCAGUAACCACACGGAUUCUCCUCAAAACCAUGAGAGAUGUAAUGGAGAAAAACUUGGCAAGGAUAAUAAAUGUAGGAAGGAUGACAUGCCUAGGAAACCCCAUACUGAACAUCAGAGAAGCUAUACUAAAGACAAACGCAAUAGAUGUAACGAAUGUGGGAAAACCUUCACACGAAGCACAGGACUUUCUGAACAUAAGAAAAUUCAUAAUGGAGAGAAACCCUUUGAGUGUGAUGAAUGCGGGAGAGCCUUCACAGCACAGGGAAGACUUAAUGAACAUCAGAAAGUUCAUACAGGAACGAAGCCUUAUAAAUGCCAUGAAUGUGGGAAAGGCUUCACUGGAAGAGGGCGGCUUAAUGAACACCAGAAAGUUCAUACAGGAGACAAGCCCUAUGAAUGUAAUGAAUGUGGAAAGGCCUUCAUACAGAAGGGUACACUUCUUGAACAUCAGAAUGUUCAUACUGGAGAGAAACCCUAUGAAUGUAAACAAUGUGGGAAAGCCUUCAGACAGAGGGGACAACUUCGUGAACAUCAAAAAAUUCAUACUGGAGAGAAACCUUAUAAAUGCCAUGAAUGUGGGAAAGCUUUCUCAGGAAAGGGACGACUUACUGAUCAUAAGAAAAUUCAUUCAGCAGAUAAACCCCACAAAUGUAGUGAAUGUGGGAAAGGUUUCAUCCAAAAGUCACACCUUAUUGACCAUCAAAAAGUUCAUACAGGAGAGAAACCCUAUAAAUGUAAUCAGUGUGGGAAAGCUUUUAUAAAGAAGGCACUACUUAACGGACAUCAGAAAAUUCAUACUGGAGUGAAACCCUAUGAAUGUGAUCAUUGUGGGAAAGCCUUCACACUGAAAGGACGACUUAAUGACCAUCUGAAAAUUCAUACUGGAGAGAGACCCUACGAAUGUGAUCAGUGUGGGAAAGGUUUCAUAGUGAAGGCACGGCUUACUGAGCAUUUGAAGAUUCAUACUGGUGAGAAACCUCAUAAAUGUGCUGAAUGUGGGAAAUCCUUCACACAAAGUGGACAACUUACUGAACAUCUGAGAAUUCAUUCUGGUUUAAAACCUUUCAAAUGUAGUCACUGUGGGAAAGCCUUCACACAUAAGGGACGACUUGGUGAACAUGAGAAAAUUCAUACUGGAGAGAAACCCUAUGAAUGUAGUCAGUGUGGCAAAGCCUUCACACAAAGUGGACAGCUUAAUGAACAUAUGAAAAUUCAUACUGGAGAGAAACCCUAUGAAUGCAAGCAGUGUGGGAAAGCCUUUACACGGAAGGAAAGACUUAGUGAGCAUCAGAGAAUUCAUACUGGAGUGAUACCCUAUGAAUGUAGUGAAUGUGGGAAAGCCUUUACACGGAAGGAAAGACUUAGUGAACAUCAGAGAAUUCAUACUGGAGCAAAACCCUUUGAAUGCAGUGAAUGUGGAAAAACCUUUAGUCGUAGGACAUCCUUUUUUUAUCAUCAGAAGACUCAUACUGCAUAAAAACCUUAUGAAUGUAAUGAAUGUGGGAAAAUCUUUGGUCAUAGAAUAUCCCGUGUCAUCAGAGAAAUCUUACUAUAAAAAACUCUGUGAGUGUAAUGAAUGUGGGAAAUCCUACAGCAACAGCUCAAAUCUUAGAAACAAAAAGUAUAAAGUAGUUUAUAUCAAAGAAUCUCCGUGAAUGAGAGUAUAUGAAAUAUAAUUUUAUUAUGAAGUUGUUCACACUAAAGAGAAACCAUAUGAAUGUAGUGAAUGUGAUAAAGCAUUCAGCAACAACUCAAACCUUAAGAGCCAUCAAAAACCUAUAGAGAAGGAAGUCUAUAAAUACAGUGAGUCAAAGUCAUCAGCAACAACUUGAGUGCUAUAAAUCAUCUGUGAACUCAUACAUUCUUACAAAAAAUGAGUGUAAUGAGUAUGUGAAACCCUUCAAACAGAUAAAAUGGCUUAUUAAAUAUCAGAAAAUUCAUGCUGGAUAAAAACUCUAUAUCUGUAAUGAUUUCUUAAUCUUGCGCUAACCUUGCAUCCCUGGUGUAAAUCCAACUAGAAACUAAUGAGUAAUUUUGGGAUAUAUAGCUGUAAUCUCUGUUAAAUGUUAUUUAAACAUUUUGCAUCAAUACAUUAAUCUUUAGUUUUUUUCUCUGCUUUAUCCCUUCCUGGUUUAGGUAUCAGGACCAUUUAUGUCUCAUAAAAUGAGAUUGGUAGAGUGCCUUCUUUAUUAUUGAGAAAAGUUUUUAAAAUGCUCCUUAAAUAAGUUUUUAAGAAUUCACUUGCUAUCCGUUUGGACCAGAAGUUUUUGUUUGGUAGCUCAAUUAUGGCUCAUUCAACUUCAGUAUGUAAGACUGGGUUAUCUGGCACCCCUGUUUUUUGUUUUGGUAAUAUUAUUAAUUUAUGUUUUUGUAAAUGACCCACUUUCUUUAAAUUUUUAGUCUUUCCAGCAUCUUCAUUGUGUAUAGUAGUUUCUGAUAAUAUUUUGUCUGUUCAUUAUAAAUUCACAUUGGUUAUUUUCAUUUUGGCCAUUUGAUCUCUCUCUCUCUCUCUCUCUCUCUCUCUCUCUCUCUCUCUCUGUGUGUCUCUCUCUUUCUCUCUGUCUCUCUGUCUCUCUCCCUCUCUCUCCCCCUCUUUUUCAAUUUAGCUGAUGGCUUAACCACUAAUAUUUGUCCUGACCUGUGAUUUCAUUAGUGUGGGAACCUGCUAAUAUGAAAAUUCUUUCCACCAGUGCACAUCAGCAAAUGUUCUGUAGCUUACACUUUUAGAGUGGCUUAGGGUUUUGGAGAGGUUAAGUGACUUGUCCAUGGUCAUGUAACUAAUAUGUAUCAGAGGCAAGACUUGAACCCAGGUCUUCCUGACUUAAAGUCUAGCCUUUUGUUUUAACUGCAUGCCUGGUUUUACUAUUCUUCCUUCUGUGGGAAACAUCUGUAAUUACUUCAAUGGAUUCUUGAAUUGCAUAAAAUUGAGGCCAUUCACCAUCCUGGUUGCAUUCCUCUAGAUACUCUGUCAUUUCUUCCUCUUUGCCCAAUUGUUUGCUUUUUAGCAUUACUGGACACCUCAUACCAUUCUUUUUUAAAUUACUAUUUCAUCAUAUAUAGCUGAUGCUUUUUGUAGUUUCUGGUUUAAAAAUUGUGUCUAGGCACUUUUCUUACUCUCUCCCUUUCUCCAUUUUUAACCAAACUUCUUACUAUCAAAUAAGGAUUUCCCCCCAAAUAUGUUCUUUAUGACCCAAAUAUUGGUCCUUACUAGAUGCUCUCCAUCCAUCAUUCAUGCAUCUUGAAUCUUGAAUAAUACCAAAAGUCAGAUUCCAUUGCCUGCUGCCAUGUUAGCCAGCUAAUCACUGUCCAUAUUCUCCUUUCUCUGUCAUUGCGGUCUUCAUUUGGAAGUAGUGAAGCAAACAUUUAAUCAAAUUUACCAUACAUUUAUUAAGCACGUACAAGGUUCAAGGCAUUAUUUUAGGGGCUGGUGAUACAAAGAUAAAUAUGUGGUUGGUUCCGCAUUCAAAGAGACUGCACUCCAAUGGGGAAAGGUUGGGUAUACCAGUAACUAUGAUAAAAGGGCAAACUGCAUGUACAAAUGAAAGGUCUAGGCAAAAUACUAAGACAGCUUGAAGGAGACAGAUCACUUUCAUCUGGAUGAUAAGAGAUAAUCAGAGAAGGCUUUUUCUAGGGGCAGCUAGGUGGGGUAGGGCAGUGGAUAAAGUGCUGA